CAUUGCAUCCCAGCUAUGGCGGUGUUCAUCCACUGCAUCCUUGCGGCUCUUCUCUUGCUCGAUUUCGUCGCCGGAGGCCGGUGGGACUCUGCGAUUCGGAUGCCUAUUGAGGAAGAGGAGGAUGAGGUCGGCACUCGGUGGGCCGUGCUCGUCGCAGGCUCUAGUGGUUAUGCGAAUUAUCGCCAUCAGGCGGAUGUUUGCCAUGCUUACCAAUUGCUGAAGAAAGGGGGAUUGAAGGAGGAGAACAUCGUGAUGUUCAUGUAUGAUGACAUUGCGCAUAACCCGCUAAACCCUAGGCCUGGCAUCAUUAUCAAUCAUCCCCAAGGAGACGAUGUUUAUGCCGGCGUCCCUAAGGACUAUACAGGGACUCAAGUCACUGCUAAGAAUCUGUAUGCAGUUAUCAUGGGUAACAAGAGUGCUGUUGAAGGUGGUACUGGUAAAGUUGUGGAUAGUAAAGCAAAUGAUCGUAUCUUUAUCUAUUUCUCUGAUCAUGGAGGUCCUGGAGUACUUGGAAUGCCCAUCAUGCCAUUCAUUCUCGCAAAUGAAUUCAUUAAUGUCCUAAAGAAGAAGCAUGCAGCUGGUACUUACAAAGAAAUGGUCAUCUAUGUAGAAGCAUGUGAAAGUGGGAGCAUGUUUGAAGGUUUAAUGCCCAAGGACAUCAAUAUAUAUGUGACAACAGCCUCAAAUGCAGAGGAGAGUAGCUGGGGUACUUAUUGUCCAGGGAUGGAUCCCCCUCCACCUCCUGGGUUCAUGACUUGCCUUGGGGACUUGUACAGUGUUUCAUGGAUGGAGGACAGUGAUGCUCACAACCUCAAGAAGGAGACCAUUGAAAAACAGUAUCAGAACGUGAAAGCAAGGACUUCUAACUAUAACACAUAUAAUGCGGGAUCACAUGUUAUGGAGUAUGGCAAUAAGAGUAUGAAAUCUGAGAAACUGUAUUUAUAUCAAGGUUUCAACCCGGCCAACGCUAACGUCACUGAUAAUGCCAUCCGAACCACCUCUGUGGGGGUCAUUAACCAAAGGGAUGCUGACCUGCUCUUCCUCUGGAGAAGCUAUGAGAGACUGGAUGAAAAAUCAGAGAGGAAGAAGGAAAUUCUUAAAGAAAUAACAGAGACUAUAACACACAGAGCACAUCUGGAUAUCAGCGUAGAAUUCAUUGGGAAGUUGAUAUUUGGGUUAGAGAUUGGUCCUUCCAUCCUCAGAGCUGUCAGACCAUCUGGUCAGGCAUUAGUUGAUGAUUGGGAUUGUUUGAAAUCAAUGGUUCGAAUUUUUGAAUCCCAUUGUGGGUCACUGACUCAAUAUGGCAUGAAACAUAUGCGAGCAUUUGCCAAUAUUUGCAACAAGGGCAUCUCAAAGGAUGAGAUGGAGGAAGCUUGCAUCACUGCCUGUAGAAGCUAUGACUCUGGGAGUUGGUGGCCUUCCAACAGAGGAUAUAGUGUUUGAUGGUGGUAAUAGCUGCAAACUUUCAGUGAAGGUACUCGGAGUAUCUCCUUGGUUUUGCACAUAGUUUUUCUUAUGUUUAUCCAAACUUAUGUCUGGGUGUUAACUUCCAAAAGAGGCUAUUAGAUCAUAAAUCAAAUGUUUGGACCUAAGAAAUAACAUGAUGAAUAUUAGAUCAUAAACCAGGAAUUCUGAUCUCGCGCUACCUCGUCUUCCAGCUGGUGGAAGAUGUCCCUCCCAUUCUUUCCCUGUCUCUUUGUGUUCUUCUGGCCUUUCACCUCUGGUGAUUGGGCCCUUCUAGUCUCUCUCUUUUGUAUUGUAUUGUUUUAGGGUUGUUGUAUCUCGUCUUUUCGUUAAUGAAUUUGUGGUUUAUCCACUUAUUUC